AUGGAGUCUGGCGCCAAGCGACGCAAGGUCUCUCACAAUGGCGACGCCCCCAAGUCCAAACGAUCCGUCGCCAUGGCCACGGCCAGUCCUUUCGUCCUGCAGACCGAAGAGCUCCUGAAGGAGGUCAAGGUCGACUACGCAGAGACCUUUGACGGCGCCGACGCCCUUUUGAAGCAGAUCAAACAUGUCAUCGACGGCAUUGCCCCGCAGGAGGCCGCCCCCAUCUCCGAUGCCACGCGCAAGUUCCAGAAGAAGCACCACAUCCAGAUCCCCUUUCCCGACCCCAAGCCCGCCGCCGACGCCCCCUACAAGCUCGCCUACGCCAAGCCCGCUGCCUGCAAUGUCGUCGGCAGCUACGUCUCGCGCACCAUGAUCCAGGGCCAGGAGGACAAGUGCGUCGACAUGAUUGUGCAGAUGCCCGCCUCGCUCUUCCAGGACAAGGACUUCCAGACCAUGCGCUACUUUUACCGUCGCGCCUACUAUAUCGCCAACAUUGCCGCUGGCGUUCGCGAGGCCCUGGGGUCGUCUGUCGACCUUCUGUUCGAAAACCUCAACGAGAACAGCCUUCUGCCGAUUUUGACCAUCCUUCCCAAGGUCGAAUCGGAGAGCGUCAAGAAGGGUGGCAGCAAGGCGGGAAAAUCGGAAGAAGACGACUCAGAAGAGGAGGAGGGUGACGACCAAGACGAUGACAACGAAGACGACGACGACGACGACGAAGCUGAAUACGCCAUCCGCAUCAUCCCCUGCGCCCCCGACGGCCUCUUCGCCAAGUCCAAGCUCAUCUCCACCGCAAACAACAACAAGGCCGACGGCGCAGACGCCCCCACCCCGUUCUACAACUCGACCCUCAAGGCUGAGGAGACAUUCGUCACAUACCUGCGCGUCUUGACCCGCGCGAGGACCCAGUGCAAAGCCUUCGCGGAUGCCUGCAUCCUCGGCAGGGUCUGGCUCGAGCAGCGCGGACUCGGCGGCAACAUCUCGGGCGGAGGCUUCGGUCACUUUGAGUGGGCCAUCACCAUGGCGCUGCUGCUGCAGAAGGGUGGCCGGAACGGCCAGGCGGCCCUGUCGUCUUCCCUCAGCAGCACGGAGCUGUUCAAGGCCACGGUACAGUUUCUCGGGUCCACAGACUUCGUCGCCAAGCCCUUCGUCUUUGGCACGUAUGCUCGUGGCGAAGAGGCGGUUCGCGAGGCAGGCCCCGUCAUGUUUGACGUGGACCGUGAGCUCAACGUCCUGUUCAAGAUGAGCCCCUGGUCAGCGAACCUUCUGAAGUACCACGCCGGCAUCACGCUGGAGCUGCUCAACGCCAAUGUCGCUGACCAGUUUGAGGCAGCCUUCAUCACCAAGGUCGAUCUCCCGCAUCAAAUGUAUGACAUCAACAUGGAGAUUGAAGACAUUGAUCUCGAGCGCAACAGCGCCGCAGCAGACCGGCAAGGACCUUUCUGGAACUUCAGCACAAGGGUGCACAAGACGUUGAAAAAGGCGCUCAGCGACCGCGCCGCUCUCAUCCACGUGAAGCUGCCGGAACAGUCUGCAUGGGAGCUCGACACGCAGCCCGAGGCGAGUACGCCGAGCGUGCUUAUCGGGGUCGUCUUUGACCUGGCCAACAUGGCCAAGCCCAUGGAGUAUGGUCCGUCGGCCGAGUCGCAGAAGGAAGCCGCCAGGUUCCGUCAGUUCUGGGGUGACAAGUCGGAGCUGCGAAGAUUCAAGGACGGCAGCAUCCUCGAGUGUGUCCCUUGGAAACAGACAUCUGCGGCGGGCAUCUGCGAGGAGAUUACCCGCUACGUGCUGAAGCUGCACGCGAGCGUCGAGGAGAGCAACAUCCACUUCUACGGCGGCAAGACGCCGGACGGUCUCGAGUUCACGCCCGUCGACAAGGAGGCUUUCGACACGGCGAGGCGCGCCUUCCAGACGAUGGAGCACGACCUUCGCAGUCUCGAGGACCUGCCCCUUUCCAUCAGGCGGCUGGCGCCUGUUGUGCCCGAACUCCGCUACGCCUCGCUUCAGCCGCCCGUCAUCGGCUUCCACAAGGGCACUGCCGUUCCUAUGGACGUGACGCUCACGUUCGAAGCGUCGAGCAAGUGGCCUGAGAAUGUGGUGGCGAUCCAGGAGGCCAAGAUUGAAUUCCUGCUUGACAUUGACAGGAGGCUGAAGGCCGCCAAGGACAACAUCACAACGUGCCUCGGCCGUGACAAUGCCGUCCGCGACUCGGACAACCUGGCUUUCCUCGACGUCGUCUACGAGAACGGCGCGGCGUUCCGCCUGCGCGUCCACUCGGAGCCCGAGGAGACACUUCUCGAGCGCCAGGCGAAGAACAAGACGCUCGACCCCUAUGUUCGGCUCGCCGCCGAGGAGACGCUACACAAGAUCCGUUGGCAGAACAAUGACCUGCCGCUCCACACGCAGUCCAUCGCCAGCUUCUGCACGCGCCUCCCCGCUCUCUCGCCCGCAAUCCGCAUGACCAAGCACUGGUUCAACAGCCACAAGCUGACGGGCCACAUUUCCGAGGAGCUCAUCGAGCUCCUCGUGCUCCACGUCUUCCUGCGCCCGCACCCGUGGAAGAUCCCCUCGAGCGCGCAGUCCGGCUUCCUGCGCACCCUCCUCUUCCUCUCCCGCUGGGACUGGCGCACGCAGCCCCUCGUCGUCGACUUUUCCGACGACAUGUCUCCAGAGGACGCGGCGCUGUCGCAAACAACGCUCGCGGCCUGGCGCGCGCGCGACCCCACCAUGAACCACGCCGUGCUCUUCGUCGCCACUUCCAACGACCCAACGGGCCAGUCGUACACGCGCACGGCGCCGACGAAGCUGUCGGCGACGCGCAUGACGCGCCUUGCCAAGUCGGCCGUCCGCCUCGUCCGCGAGCAGGACGUCGCGCUCGAGAUGGACGCCCUCUUCGAGCCGUCCCUCGCCGACUACGACUUCCUCCUCCACCUCUCGUCCAAGGAGACGAAGCGCGUGCUCCGCGACGCCGCCGCCGACGCGGGUGCGCGCCACUCGGCGUUCAAGAACCUCGACGCCCGGACGGGCAAGGUGCCGCUCCCGCUGGCACGGCAUCCCGUGGAUGUGCUGCUCGGCGAGCUCGAGGCCGCGUACGAGGACAGCCUCAUCUUCUUCCGCGGCAGCCGCGGGGACGCCGUCGUCGGGGCCAUCUGGCAGCCCAAGCUCCGGAGGCAGGCGUUCCGGGUCGGCCUGCCAUUUAACCUUUCGGCCGUCGGGGACGGGGCCGAGGUCGAGGUGAACAAGGAGGCCGUCUUGUUGGAGAUUGCGAGGAUUGGGGGGGACAUGAUCAAGAGGAUCGAGGUUGCAGAGUAG